UCGUUCGCUUCGCUUUGCCUUGCCCCGGCAAAGCAAUGGCGCUCCGGCUCUCUGCUCCGUUCCUCACCUCGCGCUUUACGCCGUCGCAGGCGUCGGCCCCGCGCAGGCGCACCCGGGCCCGCUGUUUCUCUCCGUCCGCCGAUGCGCGGGCCGCGUGUUUCAGGAGACCCUACACGUCCGUUCUGAUUGUCCCCACGGGCGUCGGCGCGGCCGUCGGGGGCUUCGCCGGCGACGCCCUUCCGGUUGCGCGAGCCCUCGCCGGCGUCGCCGACUGCGUCAUAUCCCACCCAAACGUGUUGAACGCUGCGAUGCUGUACUGGCCGAUGCCGAAUACACUUUACGUGGAAGGGUACGCCCUUGACAGGUUUGCAGAAGGAUCCUGGGCACUCCAACCUGUUCACCAGAACAAGGUAGGCUUGGUGUUGGAUUCUGGAAUCGAGGAAGAUCUCCGGCUGCGCCACUUGCAGGUUGCAGAUGCCACGAGGGCUUCUCUUGGCCUUCCUGUAGUGGAGUACAUUGUCACAGAUGCUCCUCUGGAGAUCAAGACAUGGUUUGAUCCCAGGUGUGGGAAGUCGACGGGGAGUGUUGGUAACUCUGAUUCUCUUCUGAGAGCAGUUGACGCACUAGUCACACAUUCAGACGUGAAUGCUGUGGCAGUUGUUGCACGCUUUCCGGAUGACGACCCAGAAGAUUCAGAUUGUUACCGGGAAGGAAAGGGUGUUGAUCUAUUGGCAGGAGUUGAAGCAAUUAUCAGUCAUCUAAUUGUGAAAGAAUUCAAAAUCCCUUGUGCACAUGCUCCUGCAGUGUUACCCCCAUCACUCAGCCCAUCAGUAUGCCCUAGAUCUGCUGCUGAAGAGAUUGGAUAUACAUUUCUGCCUUGUGUGCUUGCUGGGUUAAGCAAUGCUCCACAGUAUGUCAUGAGGAAGGGAAGCUUGGACAAUGGUUGCAUAGUGGCUGGUGCUGUCGACAGUGUUAUUCUUCCCAAAGACUCUUGUGGAGGAGAUGGUACACUUGCUUUCGCUCGAGCUGCAAGAAAGAACAAGCCCUUAAUCAUUACUGUACAGGAAAAUGAGACAGUGCUUGAUGAUACUCCAGACAAGUUCGGCAUAGAAGCGCUGAAUGUCCGGAACUACUGGGAAGCAAUUGGAGUCAUUGCUGCUCACAAGGCAGGUGUCAAUCCAAAUGCUCUUAGAAGACAAGGGAUUGAUCAUCUUAAGAGCUCUAGACGAUUAUACUCUGCUCACUCUUCAAGUCCUAAGCCAUCUGCCCAUCCUCCGGUGCACGAUAAAGUACAUAUACAGCAGCUAGUUAGACAAAUUUAGUACUAAAAAGAGCACCAGCAUUAGUAGAAUCACUUUAGAUAGGUCACGAUUAGGAGCUUCCAAAAUUUUGAAGCAUAGGUACAUAUUUUCCAGACCGUGCUGGAGUGGAUCCUACACAUAGCAUCUACACCGAAUUUUGUUGUGUCAUCCAGUCUGGACUUGGCUGGCGGCAUGCAUGAAUCUUUCUCCACUGCCUUACAUUUCUCCAGUCUCUAGUAGGUUUGUCAAUCAUUUACAUCAUUAUUUCGCCAAGGAAAACACAGCGCUUGUAAUCAUUUUUCUCCGACAAUAUUUUAGUAAGUUGGGUAGAAGCAGUGUAGUACUGUUUUGUUUCCAGCUGAACAUGAGAGUUUAUGCUGAAAUGCCAAGCUGUUAUGGCCUGGUUUAUCACAUCAAUGCGCAUUUGCAUCUACUUUA